GAUGAGGUCAUAAUGUCCAUCCCUGAGAAGGUACAGAGCGGCCCUGAUGACUUUGAGGAGACCAGUAGUAUUUCUCCGGGUUUUCUAGAGGAUGCCAGAGAUUUUGAAGAACUUGAGGGAAGAUCGUCCUCCAGCUGUGCUACAACUUCACAUAUUGUACUUGGUGCUCCAACUGCACAAGAUGAAGCAGUAUGGUCAACAGCUGAGAUGGGGGCGAGCUGCCCUGAGGAUUCUGAGGAGACCUGUGAUAUAUCUUCAGAUUUUAGAGGUGUUGAAGAAGCCCCUUCUUCCAGCCUUUCAACAAGUUUAUAUUCAGUACCUGAUGCCCAUUCAUCUCAAGAUGAGUUGCUCAUGUCCACCACUGAAGCUUCAGAGAGCUGUGCAGAGAGCUUCAAAGAGACCUUCAGUAUUUCUCCAGGUUUGUCAGAGGAUGUCAGAGAUUUUAAGGAAAGAUCAUCUUCAAGUCUUUGUAUCAGUUUACAAUCUAUGAGUGUAGCUCUAGGUGUCGACAAUGACGCAGGCGUCAGCCCAGCUGGACAGGAGGACAUUCAAAGUUACGAUACUGAUGAAGAUGUGGUCGAAACAACCGAUCUUGCGGUCACUGAGAGUUUCUCUGCAGAUUCUGUUGCAAGUUCAAGUAUCUCAACAUCUUUGACAGAAGUGCUAAGUUUAAUGCCAGUUUCCGACAGGGCAUUAACACACAUUGUUCAGCGUACAACAAGGGAUGUCAGUGACAUGAUGCAGAUGGUCCACCAGUGGGACUCAGAGGACUAUGACACGUCCAAUGAUGGGGAGGAAAGAACAUUUAGUCCAGUCACAAUACAGAAGGUGGAUGACUACCUGGAUAGCUUUUUUGCAAGACGUGUAGAGUAUGCUGAACAGCAAUAUGUUGGGGUGUCAGAAGACCAGGACACUGGAGCAGUAAAACAGGCUGAAGUGACAACAUCAACAGAUGAAAUAGUUGGAACUCUUGAAAAUUUACUGCCGGCUAUGCUGGAUGUGGUACAGAGUGUUUCGCCUCAAAUAAAGAUGGAACCAGUGGUGCUACUCUCAACACAUGGUCCUGAAACACCAGUUGUUUCCGACGAUAUUUCUGAGUUUGAGGACAAAGUACCUUCCAGCGAAUCCACUAGUUCAGUUACUCCUUUGCCAGAUGGAGCUUUUUCACGCUCUGUCAAAGAAUUCACAGUUCCUGGGAGAAGACCACCGUCCACCAGCUCAGACGACAGCAGGAGACUGACGUCUUCAGGGGGGUUUGAGAAGCUGUCUGUUACAUCUCUAUCACUUUCAGAGGGAAAAUCCUCCACUGACUCUACCAGAUCAGAGGAGAGCAAGAUAACGGGUUCUCCAAUGUCAACCACACCUACAGCGGAACCGACAGUGGCAACUGCUCUCGGCUCUGUUGACAUAGGGCUGACAGACAUAGUUGAGAAGACAAAGAAGGAUGUGAAUAAUAUGAUGCAGAUGGUCCAUCACUGGAGCUUAGAAGAACAUGCAAUAUCUGAGGAUAAGGAGAAUGGAAGUAUGCUCGGUCCAUUUGCCACACAGAAAGUUGAUGAGUAUUUAGAUCAAUUCUUUUCAAGUCGAACAACAAUUGAAGAAGAGCAGCUCACAAAGACCGGAGAAGCUAAAGAGGACCCUGUUCAUAGAGAACAAGGAGAGGAGGGUGAAGAGGAGAGAGCGUCCACCUCCUCCGCCUCGCCUCCCACUGCACAAAUAGUCCAAGCUUUAACCAACUUCCUUCCGCUAAUGUUAAAUGUGGUUCAAAGUGCCGCCCUCAAGGAGGUGGAAAUGUCCAAUCUUGGGCUGCAGGACAUUGGCUCUGAACCUCCUCAGGACAGAGACACUGUAAGGACGGCACCUUACCGUGUACGUUUCAUGCAAGGAGUGCAUGAUGAGGAAACAUCCACUGACGGGGUAACUGAUGUUCCUCUACCAAACAUCACAGGAAAGGGUUCCUUUGUGGCCAGCAGCAUCUCACCAGCGGCAUCAGAGGACAUGUCAGACACACCACUGUCUUCCAGCUACUCUACAGACUCCCAGGAAACUAUGAAACGAGUUUCCCCUGCCCCCCCCUCCAUCAGCCCUGACAGUGGGGGGGCUGUCAGUGGGACUCUGGACAUCGGUAAAGUAUCUCCACGUUUGACUGAGGACGCUGCACCACUGGUGGUGGAGUAUGUCACCAGUAUCUCGCCAGAAGACAUCGACUCAAGACCGUCCUCCAGCUUCCAAAUAUAUGUAAGGCCAACAGGCUACAGCCCACCUGGACUGACCGCAGCUCAGGUGGAUGGAGCUAAAGCAGGAACAACUGACAGUCGGCCCGAGACGGUGGGGUUCUGUGACGUCUCUUCUGUUGCAUCAGAUUACUCCCCAAGAUCGUCCACUCAGUCCACCUUAUCGUGGUCCAGCAGGACAACACCGUCCCCCGUUUAUUCAGAGUCCUUUACUAAAACUGAGGAUGUCACGUUAACACCUGAGGUCGAUGGAACCACCCCGCAGAUGGAGGAAACAUUGAGCUACGAGGCCAGUGUCUCUUCAGCUGGGGUAGGGGACAAGACAGAUGAUGAUGUAUGUGAGAGCAGACUUUCCUCAAGCUCAUCCCUCACUGCCCUCUCUGCAGCAGCGCUGACAGAGGACCUCCAGAGAGCUUCUGUGGAGCAGCUCUACAGCACGUCUCCAGCUGGGUCAAUGGAUCAGAGAAGUGAUCAGGGGGCAAGACUGCUGUCCACGCCCUCAACCGGAUCGAGGGACAGCAGACUGCCUUCCACAAUGUCACCUUCACCCACCACUGCAGCAGUAACACCUGACGUUUAUGGCAGUUUUAAAUACCUCCACAGUAUGUCUCCUGCCAUCUCAGAAAGUGGUGGACAUGAGGACGUUUCUGACACUAGAACGUCCUCCAGCUAUUCUCUAGAUGAAGGGUCCUUUGAGGUCCCGAAGAGGACCACCAGUUCCUGUCAAUCUCCUCAGACCAGACCAUUGUCCUGCCAUGUUACCAGUUCACAGGAGAGCAGGAAGCUCACGUCUUCUGUUUCAUCUCAAAUUGACAACAAUUUUAUGAUCUUUGCUCAGACUUUGUUGGAUGGCUUUAUGGUAGCUGAUCCGGACAUUAAAUUGCCCCCUCCAGAUGUGGCAGAUAUUUGCCCUGAGCUGUUUUCAGAUGCCUUCAUGGGCAGAGAUGGCCAAGCACUGGACGAACGACCAGCCUUGUCAGUGACCUCUUCAUCCAUGUCAGAAAAAGAUAAAGAAGUCAAACUGUCAUCCAAGCACUCAAGUGUAUCACAGACCAAGGGAGGUGCGAUUCCCGACGAUACUGCACCAGCUGCACCAGCUGAGAUAACUGGUCAAACCUUCCCCCGUAUCGUUCCUAAAUCAUCCCCGGAGUCCACCGUAUGUCUGACUCCAGCUGUAAUGGAGGCCUCCUUGUGCAGUUUUUCCCAAGUGGUCUUAAAUGGGCUUCUGAAAGCCUUUGCUGACACUGACUUGGAGAUGUUGAGCCCUGAGACAGUGGUCGCAGAUAGUUGUUCUCAAACCAUCAAAAGGAUUAUGACACAAAUAAGUAUGGACAAGAGCAUGCUGACGGCGAAUAAGAAAUUCAAGGAAGAGACGGUGUUUGUUUUUCCAAGGGAGGCGUUGAAACAUCAAGCCCCCAGCAGAUAUAAGAAGAAGAAGAAGAAGAAGAAACGAUCUGUGUUGAAAAGGUUUUUGGGUCUGUUCAGAAGUCAGCGGGUCUGUUGUCCAUCACAGGGAAAGGUCAAACGUUCUUCUCCAGCUUCUUCAGUGAAAUCCUUAAAAAGGGAACGCCAAUUUCCCCCAAAAGAUGAACCUCAAACGUCACGGCAAGAUAAAAAGAAGUCAAGAUGGAAAAGGUUCAUGUAUGCAUGGCAAAGGAAAAAGGUCCAUCCACUUACCCAGGACGACUCCAAAAAGUACAGACAUGACAACCAGAAGGACCCGGUCACCACCGAUCAGCCGCCGAGCCCCAAAGAUCAGACUGAGAAGCCGCAGCAGAAGAAAUCAGCCUGGAAGAGGAUUUUUAGAUGGAAACGGAGGAACAGGGUGCAUCCAGUUCAAAGAAAAGAAAAGAUUCCAAAACAGGACUCCCACGCUCCUCCGGGGGGCGCCUCUGCCAAAAGACGCACGUUGUUCCCUGAAGACAAAACUCAGAAGGUGCCAGAAAAGAAAAGAUCUGUGUGGAGACGUUUUUUUGGUCUCAGGCAGAGGAACAAAGUUUAUCCACUUCAAAAACAAAAGGACAGAACCAGCACCAAACAAAGUCCUUGUCUGGAGUUGAUUUAUGGUCGAUGCUGCCCUCCCUCAGACACCUGACCUUGACCUCUUGUCAUUCAACCUAUCCAAUACAGAAGCCAAGCCCACCAUGAGUCAGGUGAUUUGCUGGCAGACAGUGGGUCUACAGCAGUUCAUUAUGACAUGGGGGGGG